GUGUGUGUAUUAAACUAAUAAAGGAACUUGGCAGAAGCUGCAGCACACUCAGUCAGACAGGGUUGCUUCCACCAUGCUCAUUUUCUGUGUGUGUGUGGUGUUGGUGAGUGUGUGUCAGUCUCUCCCUCUCUCCGGAUGGAUUCAGUCUCCUGGUUUUCCUUACGGAUACGGCUCGCAUGUAUCUGAAACGUGGAGACGCUGUGCACCUCCAGGUCACAUCCUGUCACUCACACUGCUCCACCUGGACCUGGAGGAAAGCUACGAGUGUAAGGACGACAGCCUGCAGAUUUCUGAGGGUCAGAACGUCCUGGCUCAACUGUGUGGUAAAAUGACCCUGAAGGAGUUGCAGUCGUCUGUUAAUCCCUCGCUCAGGUCUUCCUCUGGAGGCUGUCUCUCUCUCACCUUCCAGUCUGAUUACUCCAACACGGAGAGACACGCAGGAUUCAAAGCGUUUUACACCACGCAGGAUGUUGAUGAGUGCUGGGAGAACGAUGUGGAGUGUUCUCAUUUCUGUCAUAAUUACAUCGGAGGAUACAGCUGCAGCUGUAAACCGGGUUACUACCUCGAUGAUGAUCAACACGAAUGCCGUGCCAGCUGCACGGAGAACCAUCAUGGAGCUGGAGUGUUAACGGCCCCAGGAAGUCCCGGGCCGUACUUUGAGAACGCCGAUUGUAUAUUCUAUCUCUCUGUGGAUGAAGGGGACCAACUCGAGUUAAAAUUCACCGGAGUGUUCGAUGUGGAAAGCAGAGACGGAAAAUGCAUCGAUUACGUAAUGAUUAAGACAGACACGGAGACCUUUGGGCCAUUCUGUGGCAAAGACAAACCUGCUGACAUCCUCACCGCAGCCCAACAAGUUAGAGUCCUCUUCCACUCGGACGUGGAGGGAACGAAUCGAGGCUUCUCUCUCGAGUACAAACCUAAAGUAAUGGAAUGUCCUGGAAAAGUGACGCCCAACUCCGUCGUGUCUCCUGUGAAAGAUCGGUAUCAAGUGGGCGAGUCGGUCACCGUGCGCUGCCUGACUGGAUACGUUUUACCCGAUGCCACUGAAAAGUUUCGCUCCACUUGUCAGUUAAACGGGAACUGGAGUCCCAGACAAAACUGCGAACUGGUGAAUUGUGGGCCUCCUGAGCUUCCAGAUCUGAUGGUCCUGACAGAGGAAAACCCAAGUACCUCAUACAAGGACAAAAUCACUAUUGAGUGCUCUUCAGUGUACUACAACCUGGUUGGAAAUGCGCACUUCACCUGUGACGCUGCAGGAGUAUGGGUGGCUGAAAACGGACAGAAUUUUUCCCAAAAUGCACCACAGUGUGUCGCAGUGUGUGGCGUAACUAAAACAUCUGUUGGCGGAAGGAUUUUUGGGGGAGAAAAAGCCACACUGGGGCAAAUUCCCUGGCAGCUCCUGAUUAAAGAUCCUGAGCGAGGAGGUGCAUCUCUAAUUAACGACCGCUGGGCCAUCACGGCUGCUCACGUGGUGGAAAACCAGAGAUCGUUGUUGUUCACUGGCGGCAUGGUCGACGGUCUGGACGCGGGGAAGGUUGAAAUGGAAACGGAGAAGAUCAUAAUUCACCCCGACUAUCCACGCCAAAAACCAAACUACGAUAACGACAUCGCCUUGGUGAAGCUGUCCUCUCGGGUCCCUCUCAGUGAAAAGAUCAUACCAGUGUGUCUUCCAAAGACAAAAACCAACGGGCCAGCGCUGGAGGGAAAGAUGGGGACGGUCUCAGGGUAUGGCUCAACAAAAAGCAGGACGAAAAGUCGAUAUCUGCAAUACGGUCAUGUGAAAGAACACAAAGGUUUUUGUUUUGAAAAUAAUCUGAAAGUCACUGAGAACAUGUUUUGUGCUGGAGAAGACGACCGCAAGGUGGACAGCUGUAAAGGAGACAGUGGGGGUCCACUCGUCAUUCCAAUGGUGGGGUUUGGCUCUUCCGACACACCUUAUACAAUCAAGGGGAUUGUGUCAUGGGGUCCUCCUGGAUGUGGAGCUGCAAGUUAUAAAGGUUAUUAUACCAAAGUGGAGAAUUACCUGGACUGGAUUAGAGAAACCAUGGCGAAUAAUUAACACUCUGUCCAUCAGCCUUCCUCCACCAAAUACAUCAGGACGUGAUCUGUGGUUGAUUUUUCACAUUCAUGCUAAGCUGAUUACAUUAUUUACACGCAGCUGUGCAGGUUUAAGCACGAUUCUUUAGCCUUCAUUUUAAAUCAAAUACCUGUUACUUGUAAAUCUGAUGAGUUCAGGACAAAUAAACGCAUUUCAAAAAA